AUGGCUUUCUGUCUUCAUGAAGGUUUUUUCAAAGUUCAGACUAUCAUCUCUGUUGUGCUGUAUAUAAAUCUUAUACUGCAGGAAUCAUGCACCAAUCAGACUCCUGAAGAAUGUCUUGAAACUCUUCUUGAGCAGAUAGACAAGAUCACAGCUGAAGUGCUUCCUUUGAAUACAGUGACCAGCCUUUUAAACACGGUCCUCGAUGCUACAAAGGAAAUUCUAGAAUCACCACAAUCAGCCAGUCAAGCUGAAUUUGCCUACUAUGGAAACAGAGUUUUAAAAACCAGCGAGAAACUCAUAUCUACAUUGGUGAAGCCGACAAAAACAAGUGCUAACGUCAGUUUUACUCUUAGUUCUCUAGAGGGACGAGUCUUCAUGGUUGGACCACAUGUCACUUUCGAUGAGAUCCCUCCACUAAUGACAUCAAAUUCCUCUGUUGACAUUGAUCUUGUUGGCAUUGCCAAGAACAACACUGAAAAAUCAGCUGCUGUGGGUUUUAUGAGCUACGCCACAAUGGAGAAUCUACUGAGAGCUGACUUCUUCAACACAACAAACAACACGAUUAACACCAUGAUGUCCACUGUGAUCUCGGUUACUCUUCCCAAGACCACCAACAAGGAACUCACCAAACCAGUCAACUUCACCUUCAGACACAUCAGAGGGUUUGACCCAAGCGGUUCUCUGUCCUGUGUCUACUGGAAUAGCACUGAGUGGAUUGUAGAUGGUUGUUCUGUAUUGAACACCAACAGCAACUUCACUGUGUGUUCCUGUGUUCAUCUGUCCACGUUCGCUCUCAUCAUGCAAACAAGCCGUCGUCCUCCAAAGAGCAACUCAAUGCUGGAUCUGCUGAAUUUGAUGUGUGUGAUUGUGGGGCUGCUGUUCUUCAUUUUGGCACUGUUGACCUUUGCUCUUUGUCAAUGGAGUCCUGGAGUGAAUAAUGUGGCUCGAAUCAACAUCUGCAUCAGUCUGCUGUUGGCUCACUUUCUGUUCCUGCUCACACAACUGUUACUGAAGCGCAUUCACCCCAAGCAGGUGUUGUGUAAGGUGAUGGCCGGCCUUCUGCACUUCCUCUUUCUCUCCGGCUUUGUGUGGAUGUUCAUUGAAGCUGUGCUGCUCUUCAUUUGUGUGAAGAACCUAUCACAGAUCAGCUCCAAAAAGAGGGAGGUGCUUAACAGUGGAUUCCUGUGUGUGAUUGGAUAUGUAGUUGCUCUGAUUGUGGUGGGUGUGUCUGCAGCAGUGGUUCCUAACGGCUACGGCAGUGAACGAUGCUGGAUUAAAACGGAUGAAGGCUUCAUCUGGAGUUUUCUGGGGCCUGUUUGCGUCAUACUAUCUUUGAACGUGAUUCUCUUCAUCAUCAUCGGCUUCAGUCUGAACUCCGCUCUCAUGAAACUGAACACUGAAGUUUCACAAUUGAAACAAACCAGGAUCAUGGUGUUUAAAACACUGAGUCAAUUUGUGGUUCUUGGUUGCUCGUGGAUUCUGGGUUUCUUCACUGAGAGCAGUGAGGUGCUGGAGAUCAUCUUCCUGAUAUUGAACUCCCAGCAGGGAACCUUCAUCUUCCUAAUCUACUGUUUCUUCAAUAAUGAGAUCAGACAGCAGUACUGGAAGUGCUUCACAUGUCUUUGCUCUGGACGCAAGGCCAAUAAAGACACUAAAAAUGCUAAGGACUAA